AUGCCGAAGACGACUCCAUUCUCCGUCCUUAGAAUACGGGGGUUGACAGGUCGCUCCAUAACUCACAAUACUUCUUUACCAACAACGAGAAGCAAUACAUGCAUACUCUGCCAACAUAGGGCAUGGCGGCCGUCAGCCGCUACUCGGAAAUUCCAUGGCUCACGAAUACUAUUAGCUGCCCCAGCAUCCUUUCCGUCCGUGAACACCUCCGCUAGAUCCGAGCCAGCCAGAUCCCCGAAUUUGGAGAAAACCUCGACGGAUGAGGUAGAAUCCCUCGUAAAUAAACUUCCGGACAUCACUACCCACUACACCAUCUUCCCCAAUGCCAUUCCCGACCCACCACCCAAGGGUCCCUUCGACAUCUCAGUCCCCGACCUUCGCCAGGAAUUCCUCCGCCUUCAAGCUCGUGCGCAUCCUGACAAGUAUCCUACGGGCCUAACAAAACAGCACGCAGAGGCACUCUCCGCUCGCAUCAAUGAAGCGUACCGUGCGCUCGCAGACCCAUUAAGCCGCGCCCAAUACCUUCUCGCCUCUCAACAUGGCAUCGACGUGACGGCUGAAGACGGCGCCAAGGACCACCCUCAGGACAUGGAGACGUUGAUGCAGGUACUUGAAGUUCAGGAGAUCAUUGAGGAGGCGCAGGAUGAAGUGACCGUUGCGAAACUGAAGGACGAAAAUGAAGAGAGGAUCAAGGGAUGUGUUGCAGCUCUGGGAAAAGCAUUCGAUCACGGUGAUAUUGAGGAGGCGAGGAAGGAGUGCGUUAGGUUGAGGUUUUGGUAUACCAUUCGAGAUGGAUUGCGGGACUGGGAGCCCGGAAAGGAUGUAAAGUUGGUACAUUAG